CUCAUUCCUACAUUUGGGUAACACAUAUUGCCAUGGCUCCUUCAUCACCCAACAAUAUCGUGUGUGUUAUGGAUGCUUCGACCCCUCUCGGCAUCGCCCUCGUCGACCGUCUCCUCCGUCUCAAGUUCACCGUCCACGCUGCUAUCCACUCGAAUAUCAGCGAGUUCAUGUUCAACGGAUAUGACAAUAAGAGCCUCAAGAUCUUCCACUCUGACCCGUUUGAUUACCAUAGCAUAGUCGAUGCGUUGAGAGGGUGUUGUGGAUUGUUUUACACGUUUGAUCCUCUUCGACACCAACCCACCUUUGAUGACGAUGAAAUGAUGGUGAUGGGAGAGAUGGAGGUGAGGGCCGCACAUAAUGUGUUGGAGGCUUGUGCUCAAACUGACACUAUUGAUAAGGUUGUCUUUACAUCUUCUGUCGCCGCUGUUAUUUGGGGGCAGGAUCGUAAUUCCACAUCUGUUUCUCAUUUAGAUGAGAGAUUCUGGAGCGAUGUCCACUUUUGCUGCAAAUUUAAGCUGUGGCAUGGGCUGUCAAAGACGCUAGCGGAGAAGACGGCAUGGGCAUUAGCUAGGGACAGAGGAGUCAACAUGGUAUCGGUCAACGCAGGGCUGUUGGUGGGCCCCGAUUUGACCAUUGAUAAUCCGUAUUUAAAAGGAGCGGCGGAGAUGUAUGAAAGUGGAUUAUUUGUGACCGUUGAUUUGAACUACUUGGUGGAGGCCCACAUUUGUGUGUUCCAAGAUCUCUCAUCGUACGGUCGGUACAUCUGUUUCAACCACGUCAUCAACACCAAUGAUGAUGCAGCUGAUCUCGCCCGCAAAUUGACGUCUUUGCCCCCAGGAGAAGAGCAGCAAUUUGCGAGGGAGAUUCCACAGAGAAUAAGCAACAAGAAGCUGAACAAAUUGUUGAUGAAUUUUAAGGGAGAAGAGCAAAUAGAUUGAAGGAUAGUUCAAUUUUAUUUUUAAAAAAUAAAAUAAAAAUGUGUAUAUGACAGAUAUGAGAAAAGUGUCUCGAUGUUGUAUGUAUCGAUUAUGUAAUGGCCCAGGCUCACCGCUAGCAGAUAUUGUCUUGAAACACGUCUGUUAUGGAAAUAUUACCAUAUUCUUAUAAAGGGUGUUUCGUUCUCU